GGCCUAUGGCAUCGAUAACCCUUGUUCGACGACUCUGAGUCUCCCCGCAAUGAUGGCGUCGCCGUCUGCUCGCAUUCGUCAUUGGCUGAUGUCGACCUGGAAUGUGGCUUGACCUGACGUCUCUGCUCUUGGUGGUCGACUGAGAGUCACUGUGACAAGGUACAUGGGUUGACGAGCAUGUUCCUCUUUACCAGCCAUUCCGGUCUGAUGCUUUUCGUAAUAUCUUUUGUGACGUCCCGUCACUUUGCGAUGCCCUUUUCUCCUUUUCUUUUUUCUUGUACCUGAAUAGCUCUUCGCUGCAGUAGUAUCGUCGUUGCGCUCGCCCGCCCGAAGUAUAUCGGAAUCGCUGGCCGAGUCCACUGAAGAAGAAGUCCAACUGCGCCGAGAAUCUCGUCGCAAGUGCCUAUCAAACAUGGAGAACAUGACGGGCCAGAUCCAGGAGCAGAAGAAGGAAAAGUCGCUGCAUGAGCUCCUGACAUCUUCGAUGGUUGAUGUCUACGUCGGCCCAUCAUCAACGCAUUGGGUUUUACACGAGCAACUCCUCUGCCAUCAUUCACCAUUCUUCGCAUCCAAGUUCCAUGUCGAUGACAAGGAGGAGGAAAAGAAACAACAAGGAAACAACGGAAACAAAUCGUAUAGGGUUCCAGACGAAGAUGAUUACCCUUUCCAGCUGCUUGUGGGCUGGCUAUACUCGCAAUCCGUCCGCCCCCCAAAGAGCGAGAAAGAUAUCGGUCCCCUUCUCGAGCUAUACCUACUCGCUGUAAAAUUCGAGAUGGAACAGCUACAAUAUGAUGUGGUCGAGACUGUCAGAGACUUCUACCACAGCACAUCCACCUAUCCUGGUCUGCGCAGAGUACAAUACAUCUAUUCGGAAACCGAUGAGGACAAUGAGAUGCGCGAGAUGAUGGUUUCAUCCGUGGCUCGUCAGUUGACCACUGGCGACCAGAUCCCGGCACACUGGGCUACUGCGCUGCAGCGAAAUGGCCAGUUAGCGGUCGACAUCAUCCGCGCGAUCCAGCAGUGGAACAUCGAGGAACGAAGUAUACCUGACGCCAGAGAUGUCAGUUCCCACCGGGGCAGACGACCGAGUGAGUUCGGCUUUAGCUCGAUCGAGCAGGUGGGCAACUCGACCGACACUGUAGACACAAACCUGGGCGUGGAGAGUGUGAACAGUGGAGCCAGCGAUGCCCCGAACAUCAAGAGCGAUGCUGAAGAGUAAGUCUGUUCGUUAUGUACUGUACUUUGUGUGGAGCGAUGGUCGCUUCACCACCUCCACGACUUUCAUAAGGACGUUGCAUUGAAGCUGAACGCGACUUUCGGCAUGAAGGAUCUUGUCACAGAUUUUACAUUCCAGGCCACCAGAACCUCGAGUCGACCCGCCAGAUAAAGACGAUUGUAUGAGCUUAUCGGAACAAGAGGAAAGCAGACCUCUUUCCGAAUCAAAAGGUGAAAAUAUGGUCACGAAGGAAAGGCGAUCGAGAUUCAAGGCGUUUUUGAGGUUCAUUUUUGCAAUCAGAAUGGAGAGCAUGUUCUUACUGUCGGCAUGGCUGAUGUAUUUUAUCUAUUAUGUUGGGGGAUUUGGGCAAGGUGGCACAUGGAGCUAAGGCGAGUAAUUGUUCUGCAAUUGGACAUACACACUCAGCGCAUUGUUCGUCGGUAAUUGUCUUAGUCCGUAGAAAUGGAUGCCUG